AUGUGUGACGAUGAUGUAGCAGCUCUCGUGGUAGACAAUGGUUCUGGGAUGUGCAAAGCGGGAUUUGCGGGCGAUGAUGCUCCCAGAGCUGUCUUUCCCUCAAUCGUUGGUCGCCCACGACAUCAAGGUGUCAUGGUUGGAAUGGGUCAGAAGGAUUCUUACGUCGGUGACGAGGCUCAGUCAAAGAGAGGUAUUUUGACGCUGAAAUACCCUAUCGAACAUGGAAUCGUGACCAACUGGGAUGAUAUGGAGAAAAUCUGGCACCAUACCUUCUACAACGAGCUGCGUGUCGCACCGGAGGAGCAUCCUGUUCUUUUGACGGAAGCUCCUCUCAAUCCAAAGGCAAAUCGCGAGAAGAUGACCCAGAUUAUGUUCGAAACAUUCAACACUCCUGCAAUGUACGUAGCUAUUCAAGCUGUGUUGUCGUUGUACGCAUCAGGACGUACGACUGGUAUAGUCUUGGAUACAGGAGAUGGAGUGACUCACACUGUACCCAUUUAUGAGGGAUAUGCUUUACCGCAUGCUAUUCUGCGUCUGGACUUAGCAGGUCGUGAUCUGACUGACUACAUGAUGAAGAUUCUGACGGAGAGAGGCUAUUCUUUCACAACCACUGCCGAGAGGGAAAUCGUUAGAGAUAUCAAAGAGAAACUUUGUUAUGUCGCGUUGGACUUUGAGCAAGAGAUGGCUACCGCUGCAUCGUCGUCAUCUCUUGAAAAGAGUUAUGAGCUCCCUGACGGACAGGUCAUCACCAUUGGUAACGAAAGGUUCCGAUGUCCCGAGGCGUUGUUCCAACCAUCUUUCCUUGGCAUGGAAUCUACUGGAAUCCACGAAACCACAUAUAAUUCCAUUAUGAAGUGUGAUGUCGACAUCCGAAAGGACUUAUAUGCGAACACUGUUCUCUCUGGUGGUACAUCGAUGUUCCCUGGAAUUGCUGAUCGAAUGCAGAAGGAAAUUACUAAUCUCGCACCGAGCACGAUGAAGAUCAAGAUCAUUGCUCCUCCUGAGCGCAAGUACUCGGUAUGGAUCGGUGGUUCUAUUCUCGCUUCCUUGUCUACGUUCCAACAGAUGUGGAUCUCAAAGCAAGAAUACGACGAAUCUGGGCCAUCUAUUGUCCACCGCAAGUGCUUCUGA